GAUAGUGAGUAGAUUCAAUACAUUUUGGACAAUGCUUUUAUAUCUGGCUCAGACCAGUAAUCCUUUAGCAGGAAAAAAAUAAUAAUACAAAAAAAAAACGGGAACAUCAUGUGACUUGCUGUUAGCUGGGUUUGAUCUAUCAGUCACCACCUCUCUGACCUUUGUGGCAAACAGAUCUGUUAGAAACUUUGUAUCCAUGAGGAAAGGCUUGCAGUUGCGGCUGAGCUUUUAGCAAGAAUGCAAAGGCACAGCCAAGGUAUUAUAACUGAACAAUAUCAGCAGGGCUUGGGCGACUGUUGUUUGUUUUCUUUGUAUCUUGUAGGAGGUUGCAGUAAGCUAGUGUUCACCAUGAUCCCAUGAUGUGUGCCAUGAAGCUGUUUUGCCAGUUUUGACUGAGGACCAAACAUGCAUGAGCCUUGCUAUGGCGUUUUCCCAGUGAUGGAUGAUGACGUAUUUGAUACUACAGACUUCCAUAUAACAGAUAUCAGAGAUAGCAGUCCUAAAGAUGGUGAACGCUGUGAUUCCCCCAUUGACGCACAAACCAAAAGUGAUGAAUCCAAGAUAGAAGACAUGCAAGAUACAAUCCAAGAAAAUGUCACCAUGAAAACACAAAAAAUUCCACAUUUAAUUUUAAUGGUUGCCGCCAAAGAAAUAGAUGGUAACUGUAAUACACCGUUCCAGUUCCAUAGACAAGCCCCUGCUAGGAUUUCUACCUCUCCAACCUUAAGGAGGAUAAGGAAAAGCACAACUGGACAUUUUAUGCCAGUACAGGAAAUUUUUGAUAUUGCCAAAUUUCCUGCCAACAGGGAGGACUCUACCUUGAAAGUUUCUGAAGGACACUUUUUUGAAAGUGCACCUUGGAGUCAAAAGAGCAAAGCCUCUUUGUCACCAAAUCCUUGUAUAAGCCCAUUAGUAUCAUCUUUUUCUUUUCCCAGGGAAGAUGAAACUUGUAUUUCUCAAAACACAGAAGAAAGCAUAAAUAAUGCUAAUAUUUCAGCUGACUCCACUCAACCCAGGAUUCAUGUCGACACUGAAAAAUCUUCAGAGGAUUUGAAGGAUAGCCAGUUGGAUUCAUCUACAACAGUGAAACCUCAGGAUGCCAAUCAUUGCACUUCGCUACAUGAAUACCAUCAGUCACGGCUAUUUGAACGAAGACGCAGUUCUGUGGUCUUGAGCUUUCCUGGACUGGAGGUGUUUCCUGGAGACCUUUUAGUAUCAGAUGGUGCCUCAGAUUAUAUGUAUCACUCUUCAUUUCUUCCAAGUGCAGAUGCCAAGAAAACUAAGUGGCCUUUUUCUAAGAAGGGUUCGCAAAUGAAGAGUAAACAGAAGCAAAUUUCUGAUCUGGAAAACUGUUUGUCUGCUAUUAAGAUCCCAGACUUCAGCCAAUAUGAGUUUUACCAUAUUAAGGAUAAAUCCUGGAUUGAAUUUCUAAGCAUGCAAUCCGUAGAGAAUACAGAGGGUCAUGAUAAAACAUGCAGACAGAGACAAGAGUCUAUCUGGGAACUUUUUACAUCCGAAUGUACUUAUUUUCUUGAGCAUCUACUUGUUCUUAAAAUGGUAUUUAUGAAUGCAUUGAAGCACCUACAAAGCAAUGAGCAUCUAGUAGAUGUGAACGUGAACAGAUUAUUUUCUAAUUUAGAGGAUCUCAACCAGGAAAGUCUGAAUUUUGCCACAAACCUCUUCAAUACAAUCAAGAACAAUGAGCUGGAAUCUUUUACAGCAAAUUCUCUCUCUCUGGCCGACCUGCUAACCAAGUAUUUCAAGGAAAGCAUUUGUCUUUGCCAUCAGAUAUAUUGCCUGAAUUACACUUCAGCUAUCAUCUACCUGGAGACCAUUAAGCAAAGAGAUGAUUUUGCAGUAUACUUAAAGUGGUGUGAACAAAAUGAGCAAUGCAAACGACUGCAUCUGCAAGAUCUUCUGGUUGCUCCGUUACACAGAUUUACCCGGUAUCCAUUACUAUUGAAGAAUAUGUGGAAAAGAAGCACUGAUCCAAAUGAGAAAAUCUCCAUCUAUUCCAUGAAGGAGAAAGUUGAGAGUUCAAUCAGGGAUCUUGAAGGAAAGGUGAAAUGGCUGGAUAACUCUCAGAAAUUCAAACAGCUCCAGGAGGUUAUAGCUUGGCCUUGUUUAUGGGAAAGGGAUAAAAGGUUUUUUGUCCCUGAGGGUCUUAAACAUCAUUUCAAAGAAACGAAUGUAGAGAACAUCCUAUCCUCUCCCAGCAGACACCUGCUCUACGAGGGACGGCUGGUUUUGACAGAAAGCACAAGAGUUCUUGAUGUUUACCUGUUUCUCUUUGACGACUUUCUACUAAUAACAAAGAUAAAAAGGAACAAAAGGAAAGCAACAAUUGAAAGUAACCUCAUGUAUCCUGCACUGCACCCUGGGUUACAAUCAGUGAUGAAAGAAGGCGGAUAUUGCAAAGUCCUUGAUCAACCAAUUCCUCUAGACAGAUUAAUCAUUAAAACCAUUGACCAAUUCCACGUCACAGUGUAUGGUCUGAAGAAUGCUUUCCUGAUACAGCAUGAGAACAGGUACCAGCAAUGUAUCGCAGCCUUCAUUCUUCAAGCACAGACUGAAUCCUCUAAGAAAUCUUGGAUGUCACAGAUAGAAACUGCUAUUUCAUGUUACACAGAAGCCCACGAAACUAAAAAAGUUUCAAUAUUGCCAACAGAGUCAGCAGAGAUAUAGUGGUUUAUAUCAUAAUGAAAUGCUUUAUAAAAUUAUUUUAUUUAUAUUUAUCUGUUCUUUUAUUUUGUAUAUAUUUCAAAACAAUGUACAGUAUUUGUAAUAUAUUAAAACUGUCUAAAACAAUUGUCACUUGAAUGACUGACUAAUAAUAAACAGGCAAACAACA